AUGCCAUACUGCACCCAAGCCUGGAGAUCUCCGGUGUCUGGGGGAAAAGGCAGGGGCCGUGAGACAGGAGACAAGAAUGGAGAUUCAGCACAGCCACUAUGGAAAGCAGUACGCAGGUUCCUCAAAAAAUUAAAAAUAGAAUUACCAGACGAUCCAGCAGUUCCACUCUUCAUAUCCAAAGAAAAUGAAAAAAGAAAUUUGAAAAGUUUUCAGGAUUUUGAUAUUCAAGGGUCCAGAAGAUGCAGUUUGGACUGGUUGACGAUAGAAACAUACAAGAAUAUUGAAAGCUACAGAGCCUGUGGUUCUACAAUCCCACCACCAUAUAUUCCUUCACAAGACCACGUCUGGAUCAGGUUCCAUUCCGAUGACAGUAUCUCUAGGAAGGGUUUCAGACUGGCAUACUUUUCAGGGAAAUCUGAGGAACCAAACUGUGCUUGUGACCAGUUUCGUUGUGGUAAUGGAAAGUGUAUACCAGCAGCCUGGAAAUGCAAUAACAUGGACGAAUGUGGAGAUAGUUCUGAUGAAGAGAUCUGUGCCAAAGAAGUGAAUCCUGCAACAUCGGCCGCUUUCCAACCCUGUGCUUACAACCAGUUCCAGUGUCUAUCUCGGUUUACCAAAGUUUACACUUGCCUCCCCGAAUCUUUACAAUGUGAUGGGAACAUUGACUGCCUUGACCUUGGAGACGAGAUAGACUGUGAUGUGCCAACUUGUGGGCAGUGGUUAAAAUCUUUUUAUGGUACUUUUAAUUCUCCCAAUUAUCCAGACUUUUAUCCUCCUGGAAGCAAUUGCACCUGGUUAAUAGACGGUGAUCAUCGCAAAGUCAUCUUACGCUUCACUGACUUUAAACUGGAUGGUACUGGUUAUGGUGAUGAUGUCAAAAUAUACGAUGGAUUAGAGGAGAAUCCACACAAGCUUUUGCGUGUGUUAACUGCUUUUGAUUCUCAUGCGCCUCUCACUGUCGUGUCUUCUUCUGGACAGAUAAGGGUACAUUUCUGUGCCGAUAAAGUCAACGCUGCCAGGGGAUUUAAUGCUACUUACCAAGUAGACGGCUUCUGUUUGCCAUGGGAAAUACCCUGCGGAGGGAACUGGGGGUGUUAUACGGGGCAGCAGCGCUGUGAUGGGUAUUGGCAUUGCCCAAACGGAAGGGAUGAAAUCAAUUGUACCAUGUGCCAAAAGGAAGAGUUCCCAUGUUCCCGGAACGGCGUCUGUUACCCUCGUUCUGAUCGCUGCAACUACCAGAAUCAUUGCCCAAAUGGCUCCGAUGAAAAAAACUGCUUUUUUGGCCAGCCAGGAAAUUUUCAUUGUAAAAACAAUCGUUGUGUGUUUGAAAGCUGGGUGUGUGACUCUCAGGACGACUGUGGCGAUGGCAGCGACGAGGAGAAUUGCCCGGUAAUCGUGCCUACCCGAGUCAUAACUGCAGCCGUCAUAGGCAGCCUUAUCUGUGGCCUGUUACUGGUCAUUGCCUUGGGAUGUACUUGUAAGCUUUAUUCUCUGAGAAUGUUUGAACGAAGAUCAUUUGAAACACAGUUGUCCAGAGUGGAAGCAGAAUUGUUAAGAAGAGAAGCUCCUCCCUCUUAUGGACAAUUGAUUGCUCAGGGUUUAAUUCCACCAGUUGAAGAUUUUCCUGUUUGUCCACCUAAUCAGGCUUCUGUUUUGGAAAACCUGAGGCUAGCUGUACGGUCUCAGCUUGGAUUUACUUCAAUCAGACUUCCUAUGGCAGGCAGAUCCAGCAACAUCUGGAAUCGUAUUUUUAAUUUUGCAAGAUCACGCCAUUCAGGGUCAUUGGCUCUGGUCUCAGCAGAUGGGGAUGAGGUUGCCCCUAGUCAGAGUACCAACAGAGAACCUGAAAGAAAUCAUACUCACAGAAGUUUGUUUUCUGUGGAAUCUGACGACACAGACACAGAAAAUGAGAGAAGAGAUACGGUAGGAGCAUCUGGCGGGGUUGCAGCUCCUUUGCCUCAAAAAAUCCCUCCCACAACAGCGGUAGAAGCAACAGUGGGAGCAAGUGGAAGUUCCUCCACUCAGAAUACCCGAGGUGGUCACACAGAAACCGGACGGGAUGUGACAAGUGCGGAACCCCCAAGUGUGAGUCCGGCGCGUCACCAGCUCACAAGUGCGCUAAGUCGUAUGACUCAGGGGCUACGUUGGGUACGUUUUACAUUAGGGCGAUCACGCUCCGUAAGUCAGAACCAGAGCCCUUUGAGACAACUUGAUAAUGGGGUAAAUGGAAGAGAAGAAGAUGAUGAUGUCGAAAUGCUGAUUCCAGUUUCUGAAGGAGCGUCAGACUUUGACGCGAAUGACUGUUCCAGACCUCUUCUUGAUCUUGCCUCAGAUCAAGGGCAAAGGUUCAGACAACCAUAUAGUGCAGCAGACCCUGGAGUAAGACCAAGUAAUCGCGAUGGCCCCUGUGAGCGCUGCGGUAUUGUCCACACUGCCCAGAUACCAGACUCUUGCUUAGAAGCAAUGCUGAAAAAUGAAACGGGUGAUGAUGAAGCUUUGUUACUUUGUUAGGUACAAGAAUCCCGUCAGGGAGAUUGGAUACAAGUUGGAGCAAUAUCCAUUCAUUGUUUUGGAACUUUACAAUUAAACUAGUUUUAAUUUAAAAAGAAAAAAGAUGCAGGGUGAUUUCUUACUAUCAUAUGUUAGCCUGCAUGCUUAAAUUAAACACCUGUAACUCUAUAAACUUUAGAGUUUACUAUUUUAGCAGCUAAAAAUGCAUUAUGUAUUCAGAUUGUUCAAUAAUGUUCUUCCAUUUGUUUCUAAUUGUUUUCAUCCUGGUACUGUAGUUCGCAGUAGAGAUAUGGCUGCAGAAACUCAUUUGACUGUCAGUUUCUAUCUAUCCUAUGUUAAAACGUUUCUUUGUUCAAAAUAAUACCUUCUUUUAAUUGAACCCUUUAUGCUUUUGCCAAUACAUCUUGUAACUUAAUAUACUAGAUGUUAAGGUUGUUAAUAUAAAAAGAGAAAAAGUCCUUAUUCUCACCUGUUUUUAUUUGUAUAACAUCUGUUUAAACAUUAUUAGAUUUCAUAAUAUGAGCUUGU